CUCAAAAGCGCGAUCACUCUCUCACACACACACACACACUCCACACACACCUCCCAGACGCGUACGCAGGACACACGCCGGUGUCGGAGCGGAGCGCAGGCUGUGCGGAGCCGCUACCAGAGAGAGAGAGAAGGACACACCGGAGAGAGUAGCGGUGCUUCAGGAGGUGGCAUGACACGAGCGGUGUUUUUUGGGGAGCAAGAGCGCAGCACUUUUUAUUUACGCACAGAAAAGCAGCUCCGGACACUCGGGCUGAGGCUUCCCAGGCUUUGAGAGCUGUUACUUUGGACUUUUAAGCUCGCUGAUAUCAAGCACCGACUGGAGAGUCAACCCUCGUGUGCGCAAAAUACGCGGGGACGCAGAGAGGGAGAGGGGGGGGGGGAACAGGGAGCUUCUCAGUCGGAACUUGACGCACCCUGGGGCCGCUGUCCAGACCCUCCGGCGCGCUGAAGCCUCCCAGCUGCGGAGCGCACACAGUAUUGAUCAAGGAGUUUGUUUGUUCACUCGUUUUUGGAUGGACAGACUUGAAAGGCUGAAGGGCUGCGCAAAUAUAAGAUCUCUGAAUUUCUUCAGUGACAUGUAGUUGGCACGUACUUUUCUCCACCGAUGGUUUAAUAAAUGCCGUGGGAUUAUUACUGAAGUGGUCUAGUUUUGACUGCUGCCAGACGUUUUGUUGGAUUUUGUUUCUUCUUUUUUUUUCUUUUGAGGAGCAGCAUAAUCUAUAUCCUACGAGGUGGGAACGUUAGAAACUUAAAAGCUCUCCACGAGUUUCUGCGUCAUCCAAGAUGGAUUUUGUGUCAUCGCUGAUUGGAUUUUUAAUGGCAAUGUGUCAUCUGGCAUCAAGAGUGAGAGGAGAAGAUGCAACAGUUUGUGGAGGCGUCUAUGAUGCCAGCGAGGCGGGUUACAUCACCUCUCCUGGUUAUCCUCUGGAGUACCCGCCUCACCAGAACUGUCACUGGAUCAUCACCGCGCCAGAGCCGUCGCAGCGCAUCGUCCUCAACUUCAACCCGCACUUUGAGAUCGAGAGGCUGGACUGCAAGUAUGACUUCAUCGAGAUUCGUGACGGGACUUCGGAAAACGCCGACGUUCUGGGCAGACACUGCAGCAACAUCGCCCCAGCACCAAUCAUCUCAUCCGGACCCUCCCUCCAAAUCAGAUUCGUGUCGGACUACGCCCACCAGGGAGCGGGCUUCUCUCUGCGCUACGAGAUCUUCAAAACAGGGUCGGAAUUCUGCUUCCGCAAUUUCACCAGCCCCUCCGGCAUGAUCGAAUCCCCGGGGUUCCCGGAUAAAUACCCCCACAAUCUGGAGUGCUCCUACAUGAUCAUCGCCCCGCCCCACAUGGACAUCACCCUCACGUUCCUGACCUUUGACCUCGAGAACGACCCCCUGCUGGUGGGAGAAGGCGACUGCAAGUACGACUGGCUGGACGUGUGGGAUGGCCUGCCGCAAGUUGCUCCUCUGAUCGGCCGAUACUGCGGGACAAAGAUCCCUCCGGAGAUCCAGUCGUCCUCCGGCCUGCUGUCCCUCUCCUUUCACACCGACAUGGCCGUGGCCAAAGACGGCUUCUCCGCCCGAUACAACAUGACGCACAAAGAAGUCAGCGACUCCUUCCACUGUAGCAUGGCGCUCGGCAUGGAGUCAGGGAAGAUCAGCGACGAUCAGAUCACUGCUUCCACGACGUUCUACGACAACCGCUGGUUACCCCGACAGGCGCGCCUCAACAACGACGACAACGCCUGGACACCUUCAGAGGACAGCAACAAGGAGUAUAUACAGGUUGACCUCCACUUCCUCAAGGUUUUGACGGGCAUCGCCACACAGGGCGCUGUAUCCAAGGAGACGCAAAAGUCCUACUACGUCACCACCUUUAAACUGGAAGUCAGCACUAAUGGGGAGGACUGGAUGGUGUACCGACACGGCAAGAACCACAAGAUUUUCCACGCCAACACAGACCCAGCCGAGGUGGUUCUGAACCGAGUCCCGCAGCCGGUUUUGGCUCGGUUUGUUCGGAUUCGACCGCAGACCUGGAGGAACGGCAUCGCCCUGCGCUUCGAGCUCUACGGAUGCCAGAUUACAGAUGCCCCGUGUUCAAGCCUGCAGGGCCUGCUGUCCGGCCUGCUCCCCGAUGCCCAGAUCUCCGCCUCCUCCAGCAGGGAUAUGGUGUGGAGUCCAGGGACUGCCCGUCUGGUGGCCAGUCGAUCCGGCUGGUUCCCCGCGCCUGCACAGCCCCUGGCUGGAGAGGAGUGGCUUCAGGUGGACCUCGGUGUGCCCAAGACGGUGCGCGGAGUGAUCACCCAGGGAGCACGGGGAGGAGACGCAGGGAGCGGGGCGACCACAGAUAACCGGGCGUUUGUCAGGAAGUACAAAGUGGCGCACAGCCUGAACGCGAAAGAGUGGAAUUUCAUCAUGGACACGAAGACCAGCCUGCCCAAGAUCUUUGAGGGGAACACACACUAUGACACUCCAGAGCUGCGUCAUUUCGAGGAGACGGUGGCCCAGUACGUCCGGCUCUAUCCAGAGAGGUGGUCUCCAGCAGGGAUCGGGAUGAGAGUGGAGAUACUGGGCUGUGACCUUCCAGAAACCACCACGCCGGCUGACACCGCCACGCCAACUCUUCCUGCCGACACCGAAGCCACCACAGUCCCGAUUAUGACCACAGUCGCCACCUCGCCUCCGUCAGACAGCGUGUGUGACUUUGACCACGGCCUGUGUGGGUGGACGCAUGACCCCAACGCACCUCUCCUCUGGUCCCUGCACAGCCACGAGCUCAACAGCUAUCUGUACAUGGACGCCAGCCUGAAGAGGGAGCAGCAGCGAGCCCGCCUCGUGAGCCCCGUGGUGGCGGCCGACACCGGGCCCCUCUGCCUCCUCUUCUCGUACCAGCUGUCAGGGGAGGCGCAGGGCCACCUGAAGGUCCUGCUGCGGGACGCCCACAAUGAGGAGACCGACUUGUGGACGCUGAAAGACGAUCAGGGCCCCGUCUGGAAGGAGGGUCGCACCAUUCUGCCUCGCUCCCCUAAAGACUUCCAGGUCGUGAUGGAGGGUUUCUUUGUGCACGGCACCAGAGGACACAUCUGGAUCGACAACAUCCACAUGAGCUCCAGCAUCCCUCUGAAAGAGUGUACACAACCCUUCGCAGCGUUUUCUCCUGAAAACUCAGGGGGAGGCGUUCCUGUGCCUCCCUUGCCCAUCCACUGGUAUUACAUUAUGGCCGCCGGGGGCGCCCUCCUUCUCCUGGCGGUGGCCAUCUUGGUCAGGGCCCUCUGUUGCUGCCGACAACACCUGGCCACCAAGAAGAGCCAGCUGUCAGUGGCCUAUCACAGCUCCUCGCAGUGCUUCCAGUAUUCAAACUGGUCCUCCAGUAUGGCCGCCCCAGGGGUGGAGCCAGUCCUGACAGUGAGGUUGGACAGCCGGGACCGACACCGUACCCUCUGCUGAAAAAAAAAAAAAGAAGCACUUAGCUGCGUUGUGUUUGGCAGAGCAGGACGCCAACUUGUGAUGUCAGUGGUGGUGUGUGUCGUGAUGCCGCAAGAUUGACACUCGACGAACCCCCCCCCCCUCCCUCAUUUAGUUUACAGUUGCAAAGGGUGAUGAAGACACAGACAUCGUCCUAAACUGCCAAGUGAAAAUUUUUGCAAAGAAACACUGUGCUCUCUCUCUCUCUGUCUCCAACGGAUGGAGCUCCGGUUGCUGUUUUCUUCUUUGUUCCAUAAAGGAGUUUUGUUGUUGACAUUUCACACUAUGCUGCUCCUGAUGAGAGGACUGAAGUCUGACUAAGUUAUUUAUGUGAACGGCUUGUUUCGGACCAUUGAGUGCCGUCUGGCUCCUCAUAACCCCAACGGUCCUCCCGAAAUGACCCCAGCAUGGACGUACACACAGACAUGUGUGGGCUGGGGAGAGGGAUUGAGGAGGGGGGGGGCGGAGGUCGAGCUGGUUCUGCUGCGGGAGCCAGCCGGAGCUGCCAAACCACGGGCUAAAACAAGACCCCCGAGACCCCUAAGGAGCUCUGCAGUGCUGAGAGAGAGAGAGAGGGGAGAAAACUGUUAGGCUGAGAGGUGUUCAAUGUGCUAGAAAUGAUCUGGCAAGCCCCAGAAAAUAAAGCUCUUGGUAUCUCUGUAAUAACAACACGAGAUAGCUGUGAUAUGAGUGGUACCAACAGUGAGGGUGUUAUAAAAUCCUCCCAUUGUCCUUUUCAACAGAGCAUGUGCACAUUUAAAACAAAGGAAUGCAAAUCCAUCAUACUUUAAGUCCUGCAUCGCAAAUGGAGAUAACUAGCUCGUUUGAUUGAACGUCUUGUCUUCUCCUGAUAAAGGCGUCAGUCAAUGAUGGAUGCAGCCGUCUUCAGUGUUUAGUGUUUCAUCUUGAUUCUCUGACGUAAUAAAGCACGUUGUUCCACUCCCAUUUAUGCUCCACACCACCCACUCCCGUUGUUCACCAUGUCUUUGAGCUGCCCAGAUGAAAGCCACGCUGAGCCAAGCCUUGUUGUGUUUUCAGUGGGAAUAUGUGCUUGUUGUUUUUAGGGUUGUAAAUAGACACAGCUGUCUGCCAUCAUCACUUCUUUGGUGAUUUAUACUCCUACAAAUCCCACAAUGCCGCCGGACCAGCUGGAAGCCAUAAGUGCAGUGUUUUGCUGUAUAUGUGCACCCUUGAGAGGGAUCCAAGACAUUAUGAAAACCAGAGCAGAGCUGCGACUAUUGUUGGUUCUCCCUUUAGUGCCAUACGACGCCGUGAAUGGCUAUUAACAUAAAAUAAGACACCUCUUACUAAUAUUUAACAUAUCUGGGAUCUAAAAGCCUUUUUUGUUGUGAAAUCCCUCACUGAUAGACUGAGAUGGACAAAUUGGCACCAAUUGGUCUCUCGUCAGUCGGCACAGAGGUGAAGCGAGAUAACCUUGGAUUAAAUGAAAUCGAGGUCUUCGCUCUGUGGCUUAACGGGCCGCGUUACCGUGAUCUGUCCCACCAGCAAAUAUCCAUCACCCCCUCGCCCACAGCUCGGCAGAAUGCACCUCGAUUUGUUCCCACAAUUUUGUCUCCAGAGUCUGGGAAAAAAAAGCGUGUUUUUUGGCACGCUCUCACUAUGUGCUCUUAAAUCAACCUGGGGAGGAGGGAUUGGACACCCUUACUGGUCCAUCUCAACACCGUUACGCUCCAAGCCUCUAAUAGUUGUAAUUAGUUAAUGGACAGAUAACAUUUAUUAAGGCUGCGGUAAGCACUUUUCCCUCCCAUCUACCGCACCUCCGUCGCCCAAUCCGCUGCCAAAUUCAGUCGCCCUGGAAACAGCAUUAAUAACGCCAUUGGCCAUCAAAGAUCCAGACGUGUGCCUUUGCCAAGCAGUUACUCCCACUCCUGCACGCUUGCCAAGAGCGGCAAGCGCAAACACACACACUCACACACACAUAGACGCAAAAAAGUGAAAAGAAUUUAAAGUACACUCGGCUAAAGUGCUGCAGCCGUCACUAGUUUCGCCACACGUGUAAUCUUCCAAUUCAGGCACUCACAUACGCAUCAAUUUUCACGUCUCACCACCUGGCAGUGCUGCGAGUUUCACAGAAUGGAAAGAGACUGUCACAAGCACGACUUAAAUGUUGCCAUUAGUUGUUGUUUUUUGUUGUUGUUGUUGUUGUUGUUUUCUUUAAUCAUCUUACACACCACUCUUAAACUUGACCGUAACGGUGUCAAUGAUUUUAAUGGUGUUAACGAUGGGCCGAUGUUAAUUACUUGAUGAUGACAUGUUUGCAAUCUUUAUUCACGCGGAAUGAACAGUCUUAUACCAUCAGUAUGCUAUGUGAUGACUGUGUGUUUGACAGGAAUGUAUCAUAAUGACCUUUCUCUAUUAAUAAAGUCAUAUUUUUCUAUUA